AUUAAAUCAACUUCAAAAAUUCGAAACAAAAACAAAAUAAUCGAAAAAUAAUCAAAAAAUUUCUUUAUUCUACUCUACUCUAUUCCACACCCUUGGAUUAUUAUUAGAUGAUGAUUUUUCUCUCUCUCUCUUUCUUCAGAGCUACUACUAUAUGAUCUUCUUCCUUCCAUUUCCAUGCCUUUCUCUCUCUUCUUCUUCCUUCAUUGCGCAUGGGAGGCGAACUUACCUCCUCUCUCGAACGUUCUGGAAAUGCUUCUCCGUCGCCGGAACCUUCUUCUUCCGGCGACCGAUGCUGCGAUGGCGGACCUCCCAUUCGCGUGCUUGUGUUUUUUCAUAAAGCUUUUAGAGGCGAGCUUGAUGUGCUUCGACGUCUCGCUUCAGACGCCGCCGCCGCCGAUGAGACUGAUGAUAAUCGACGAAAAGUUGCGGCGGUUGAGCUUCGAAGGAGGCUUGAGUUCUUCAGGAGUGUGUUUAGAUACCAUUGCGCUGCUGAAGAUGAGGUUAUAUUUUUUGCGCUAGACGCACGUGUAAAAAACAUUGCCUGUACAUAUUUUUUAGAGCACCAAAUAAUUGAUUCUGUAUUUGAAUCAAUCUUUUCCUGUAUAAAUGGCAUAUUAGAGGACCAUGUGAAUGCAUGUCAAGAAUUCCAAGAACUUAACUCUCACAUUAGCACUCUCGAAGGGUCAAUCAGUCAGCAUAUGGUGAAAGAAGAACAACAGGUGUUUCCUCUUCUAAUGAGCCAGUUCUCUGUUGAAGAGCAAGGUUACCUCCUUUGGCAAUUUGUGUGUAGUGUCCCAAUGUUGCUUAUGGAGGAACUUUGUCCAUGGUUAUCUUGUUUUCUUUCUCCAGAAGAGCAAUUGGACUUCAAACUUAUCAUGAAAAAAAUUGUGCCCCAAGAUAUAUUGCUAGAAGAGGUGGUGAUUUCUUGGAUUGAUAAGACUGCUCAAACAUGCUCAGGAGGUGGUGAAAAUUGUGAACCCCCUUGUGAUUGUCCUGAUGGAGUGGAAAAUUUAAAAGACAUCUCCAGCCUUGGCUUGCUCAAGACCUCAUUUGAUAAACAUUGUCAUUUACAGUCUACUGUUGAGGAUCAGCCUUUCGUUGGCCUUAUGCUUUGGCAUGCUGCGAUCAGGUCUGACUUCAAAGAAAUCUUAGACAAGCUCUAUAAAAUAGAAUUGAAGGAAUUGGGAUCACUUCUUGUUCGAAUCAACUUCCUCACUGACGUACUGAUAUUUUAUAGUGAUGCGUUGGAAAGAGUUUUUUAUCCUUGGCUAGAUAAUGUCUCUGGACUUCCAACAUUGCGUCAAUACAAAGAGUUUCCUUGCAAAAAUGAAAUUGAAGGAUUUCAGAAGAUUAUAUUCGAAGCUGCUCUGAAUAACGUUCCCAAUCCAAGAUUUUUGGAGAUGCUGCGUUGUAAGGUGGAGGAUCUAGUGUUUGUGACUAGUAAGCAUUUGUCUUUUCAAGAAACAGAGGUUUUCCCUCUCCUCUCCAAGAACUUUGACUGUGAAAUCCAACAAAAAUUGCUACUCAAGAGCCUUUUCAUGUUGCCUCUUGGUUUGUUGAAGUGUGUGGCAACAUGGUUUUCACUUCACUUGCCCAAGGAAAAGUUGAAGUGCAUCUUACAUUUUAUUGAGAAAUCUGACUUCCUUGCAAAACCUUUUACGUCUCUUCUACACAAAUGGAUCCGCAUAGGAUACUCUGGAAAAUUUACAAUACAAGAUUUGCAGGAGAUGUUCAAUAGUAGAAUAUCUUACAUGUUUCAGAGAUUUAAGGACAGUAAUGAACCUGACAGCAAAUCUGUGAAUGCCAUGACUGAACAUGUUUCUCCUGACACGUUUUCCAGUUUCCUAACCAAAGAGAAGCACGGGACAUCAUAUUCUAGUGGAAUAAGUAUGCUCGUGUUUUCUUCUCGGGCUCCAAAUCAGGUGCAUACCUUUCUUGGAUAUCCCCUUGAAGCAGUUUCUUCUAAUCAGCGAGAACCAAGGCCAAUGGAUCACAUCUAUUAUUUCCACAAAGCUAUAAGGAAAGACCUUGAGUCUCUUGUUCUUGAGACAACUAAGCUUCCCAGAAACUUGAAACUUUUCUUGGGGUUCAAUCAACACUUCCAACUAGUGCGGUCUUUGUAUGAACUCCAUAGUGAGACUGAGGAUCUGGUGGCAUUUCCAGCUCUAGAGGCAAAGCAAAAGGUCCGAAACCUUACACAGUCUUAUUCAAUUGACCACAAUCUGGAAAAUGGAUGCUUUAAUAGAGUUUCUGGCAUUCUAGAUGAAAUGUCUAAAUUGUAUGACACACUAUUGAAUUGUCCUGUUGAUCAAGUAGAUCCAGCAUUACUAAAAUAUCGUCAGUUGUGUUUAAAGCUUCAUGAUAGCUGCAAAUUGCUAGAGAAAAUAUUGAAUGAUCACAUACUUCGGGAAGAAAUUGAACUUUGGCCUUUAUUUAGAGAGUAUUUCUCCAUUGAAGAACAAGAAAAGAUAGUAGGAUACAUGCUUGGAAGAACAAGGGCGGAAAUUUUGCAAAAAAUGAUAGUGUGGCUAAUGGCCUCUUUAACAUCAGAUGAGCAGCAAGCUAUGAUGAACUACUGGCGCAAGGUUACAAUAUAUACAAAGUUCAAUGAGUGGCUAGCAGAAUGGUGGGAAGGAAUUGAGAGCUAUGCAUGUUCUGAGGUAGAAAAGGCAGAUAUUUCUUGUUCAUCAGCAAUGGGUUCUCUUGAUGUUGUUUCAAAGUGUUCGUCUAUGGGUGUUUCUCAUGAUCAAGGUAAAAACUUCAAGGUUGUACAUGAGAAAUUACCUCAUGAUGAGGCUAAGACUAUCAAUAUGGUUAUAACCAUGGAAAGUCUUGAUAAGCAGAACAAGAAGCAUAAAUCUUUUGAAUAUAAUGUCUUUGGUGAGAAGGAGAAACAUGGGAGUGAAGUAGAUCUGAGUGAUUCCACAAGUGAACUGGAGGCUUCCAUACGAAAGGUGUCACAGGACCCCUCUUUGGAUCUUCAAGCAAAAACACGAAAAAUGCAAGACCUAAUGACAAGCCAUUGGACUGCACAACCACUGCCUGAUUCAGAUAGUGCGAUUAGAAACGAGUCUGGAAAGCUUCCUGGUCAGUUUCCCUCAUAUAGGGACACGGAAGGCUCUGUAUUUGGUUGCAAACACUACAAACAGAACUGCAAGCUUGUUGCAGCUUGUUGCAACCAGAUUUUCACAUGCAGACGCUGCCAUGAUGAGGUUUCUGAUCAUCAGAUGGAUAGGAAGUUCACGACCAAAAUGAUGUGCAUGAAGUGCUUGGAAAUUCAACCAAUUGGACGCACUUGCCUAACUCCUUCUUGCAACAAGUUUUCUAUGGCGAGAUACUAUUGUACCAUUUGUCGAUUAUUCGAUGACAACAGGGAGAUCUAUCAUUGUCCCUUUUGUAACUUAUGCCGACUUGGAAAAGGAUUGGGGAUUGACUACUUCCAUUGUAUGAAAUGCAAUGCCUGCAUGUCUCGGACUCUUUCGUCGACACACGUAUGUAGAGAGAAAUGCAUUGAGGAUAAGUGUCCUAUAUGCCAUGAGGAUAUGUUUACCUCCAGCAAUCCAAUAAAGGCCCUUGCUUGUGGUCAUUUGAUGCACUCAUCAUGCUUUGAGGACUACACUUGCACACGCUAUAUCUGUCCAGUCUGCAGCAAAUCCCUUGGUGAUAUGCAGGUGUUAUUUGGAAUGUUGGAUGCACUAUUGGCUGAGGAAAGAAUACCAGAAGAGUACAUUGGGCGGACUCAGGGCAUACUAUGCAAUGACUGUGAGAAGAAAGGAACAGCUCCCUUCCAUUGGCUUUAUCACAAGUGUCCAUUCUGUGGGUCUUACAAUACUCGACUUCUAUGACUUUUCUAAGUACAAAGUGGAGAAAACUAAUAUUGUAAAUAGGAUGUUAUUUGUGAUUCACCCAAUUUUGACAAAUUUGAUAAGCUAUAAUUAGAGUACAUGCCUAGAUUUGAGAAGCUGAAUAGGCGAUUGUUAGUGGUUUUGAAUAAUGAUAGAUCAGAGUAGCAAACUUUCAUUGUAGUAUUAAGUCACAUAACUCGAACUCUCAAAAGCACUAUUCUAUAAGCUCAUAUUACUGUGAAAGAUGUUUGGGAACAUCACUUAUUAUAUAAGGAUGAUCCUUUUGACCAAAACGAAUCAUGAUUAAUGAAUGAUUCCUUAUGUAUGAUUGGAAUUUGGAAAUAUUGUAAAUCAGGGUUUUUAGAGUUUUUUUUUCAAA